AGCUCGAAACCACCAUCGACCGGCAAAGCCAUCAACCAGUUCUCCCCGGCGCUGAGUUAACUCGCCCGACUGGGACGGAGACAGAGCCCGUCCCGGUCCUUCACUCGGUCUCCGCUCUUGUCCGUCUUGCUCUCCUUCUCGAAAGUCCCGUUGUUUUCUCGUUUCCGACUGCUGAACGCCAUGAUUCGGUUCCGCAUACCUCUGCUUCUGAUCCUCGGCACUCUGUUCCGCGUGUCGGAAUCGCUCCGUUUCGAGCUGAAAUCAGGCGGCACGAGGUGUAUUUCAGAAGACAUCGGGAUCAAUUCUAUGACUGUGGGCAAGUACCACAUCAUCAACCCGAACGAAGGCCAUCCCAUGCCCGAAUCCCACAAAGUCACCGUCAGGCUUAUAUCGUCUCACGGGAAUACCUAUCACUACGCGGACAGUGUAGACGCGGGGCAGUUUGCAUUCACAACAGGGGACAAAGGGGAGCAUAGUGCUUGCUUUUGGGGUCAUCAACACGAUCCCCCGGUGACAAUGACCAUUGAGAUUGAUUGGAAGACUGGCGUCACCACAAAGGAGUGGCCCAGUGUGGCCAAGAAGGGACAAGUUGAUGUUAUGGAGCUCGAGCUGAAGAAGUUGCAGGAGACUAUAUCUGCCAUCCACUAUGAGAUGUUCUAUCUUCGUGACAGGGAAGAGGAGAUGCAGGAACUAAACAGAUCGACCAACUCGAAGAUGGCAUGGAUGAGUUUCCUCUCGCUCGCUGUUUGCUUAUCAGUGGCUGGGUUGCAGUUAUGGCACUUGAAGACCUUCUUCGAAAAAAAGAAGAUCAUCUAAGGCCGCAUAUAAUAUGAAAAACAAUUUUACAAUCUCAUCCUAGUGCUUUGUUCGACCCUCGGGCUGAGGCUGUACAUUGGAUAGACUUUUAAUAAUCACCAUCAUUGAUAAAAUUAUAAUCUUUGGUUGAA